AUGAACGCAGCACAUAAAAUAAAUCAAUUGCAGAUCAACAACAUAUUAAAUGAUAAGAGUGAUUUGAAAUUAGAGAUUCGAACUCCAUCAGAUUCUUCUAACUCAGAUUUUAUUUUAUCAGAUGAAAUUUAUUCUUCAGAUUCUGAUGUUGAUAUUAUUCGCAUUGGUGCUGAAGUAGCUAUAAAACAAGGAAAAAGAAAUAAUCCUGAAAAUAAAAUUGGAAUACCACAAACCACCAAAUACAGAAAAUAUGGUCCAUCUGAUGAAAUAAGCAACAAUAAAAAAGAUAUGAAUGAAUCAGAUGAAUUCAGUGAUGAUAUAAAUAAUAAAGAGAUAGGUGAUCUUGAAAAAGAUAAUAAUAUUGCAAAUGAAAUUAAUGAUGACAAUUUUGGUAGUUCUUCUGGAGAAGAAAAUAUAGCCACUUAUAAAUAUUUUGUUAACUUAAAUAAAGAUUUAGGUAAAAUGGAAGCAAGUAACAAUGCAGCAAAAGAAGUUUAUAAUAAAGAUAAUAAAGGUUCAUAUAAAGGAACAUGUAUUUGUAAAUGGGCAAUGUAUUGGCUUAAAAAUGGAGCAUUACCUAAAACCAUGCAAGGUUGUUACCAAAAUCAAAAUCAUUAA